AUGGGCUGGUCGUCGCCGGACAGCUGGCUCACCAGGCUCUUCUCCGGCGACCCUCUGGUGAUCUUGCUCGCCUUUCUGGUGGUGAUAGCACUUCCGUCGCUCCUGCAUCUCUACUUCUACACACAGUCGGCGCGUACCAAAGUCGUCCCAACCUUCUUACUUCUGGGUCCCAGUGGAGCAGGCAAGACUUCACUCGUGACUCUGUUGCAAAAACGGUCCUCCAAUCCCGAAGACACAGAGCCCGCCCUCACUCGAACUUCGCAAGUACCAUGGGGGGUCAGCUUACUACUCCCUGCCUCAGUGCCUCUGGGGUCGAAUAAAUACCGCUCGAGGAAUGACGUGUCCUUGAAGGACAAGCAUCCUACUCGAUAUGUUAUGAUAGACACACCAGGUCAUGGCAAGUUGAGGACCGAUCAAGCAUUGUCGCAAAUUAAGAAUCCAGGGCUUCGCGGGGUGAUCUUCGUUGUUGAUGCCAGCGUCCUUGGCUCAAGCGAUACAUCCUUUUUGCGAGACACUGCCGGGUACCUCCAUGACACGCUACUUGCGUUGCAGAGACAGAGGACUGGAAAGGCUUCAGGCAAGACAAAAACGAAUAUCCCAGUUCUAAUUGCGGCAAACAAGCAGGAUUUGUUCACGGCGUUGCCGACAGGCGCUGUAAGGGAGCGGCUUCAGGCAGAGAUCGAAAGAGUGAGAGUUUCCAGAAGCAAAGGCCUCAGUACAGUUGGUCAGCAGCCAGACACAGAUGCAGAAGAAGAGGUCCUCGGUGGUGGCGGGGAGGACAAAUUCAGUUUCAAACUGAUGGAAGACGAAUACGGUAUCAGCAUUGACGUUGUCGGAGCAGCAGUGAAAGGUGACGAAGCAGGCAAGGGGGUACGGCGAUGGGAAGAAUGGAUUGGUGGAUGUCUGUGA